ACCAGCUCAAAGGCCACGAAUGCUCAUCACGUACAGGCUGCGUCAUGCAUCCACAUUUCUGAGCGGGCUAAGGUCUGAGUAUUUUAAUCCCUCUCGAUCGGCUCUAGCAGAGCCCAGCUGUAAUCAGCUGCGUGACGUACCAGAAAAGCAGCUUCAUUUUCAUAUCCCAAGAUCCUGUUCCAGCAGAGGAGGGCGAGAAUGAAAGCUUUGAAAGCGUUGCAGGGAUUGUGCAAACUUUUUCCAUCGUGCAGCAGUCCUAUCGCGCGUGCGCCCGUCAAAAUGGCGCUCAGGGACGUAGAGAAAUCCAAGCUAGAUGCUUAGUCCCCGGGCUUUGUUGCGGUGCAUUCCUCAUCCAAGUCGCUAAGCAUGUACUUUUGCUACCCUUGGGAUCUACUCCCGAGUCCUGGUGCACAUGCAAACUGCAGUCGAGGUAUCUCCUACAGUGCCUCCUCUACCGACGAGGGUCUCCGCUUGCUGCAAGCAUAUCAUACGCCGAGUUUCGUGAACAUCUUGCGGCUGGAGAUGACCCAACGCUACCAUGUUAGCUCUCUCACUCUCCUUGCGUAUGAGGGAUAUACACGAUGGCACUGGUUUGUCCUUGAGUUCACUUCGUGGCUCGCGUAUCCUUCGUGGAUCGUGAAACUCGAUUCAGACUACUCUUGGGCUGGUUCCAUUAUCAAUUUUUUGCUUCUCGAACUCCUUUGUGGAGGGUCAUCUUCCCGAUGUCGAGGGUUUAUGCUUGGGUCCGAACUGGUUGAAAGGAACGUAGUGGAAAGGAUAGGAGUGAUCUAUGUGAAUCAUGCUGAAUCAGUGAACUCAACCCGAGACACAACAUUGGGUGGACACCAGUUGUAUAUAUCGCCUGGAAGACAUGGAAGGCGUUCCGCGCACACAAUUAUUUACUUCUCGACAUGUGACCUCGCCAUCCCAUACUCUACCUUGGUCGAGCAAGCUUUUGACUCCCAGCUCGAUGGAACUCCUAUACCAAAAUUAUCACCGCCUAUCAAGAUUACAGGGGCGAUAUUCCACAAUCGUAUCUUCCUAUCUUCACUGUUUAAUAUUCUGCAGACGACGGUCAUCUCACGUCCAGACUAUAGUCAGGGAAUGUUCUCUUUCUUGAGUGCUAUGAAUAACGUGCACACAGACGAAUACGGCGGAAGCUUCGAGAACAUUCGUUGAGUCUCGAGGUUGUGGAUGGCAUCUAUGACUAUG